AUCAUUCCUUAAAGGCGUUCUUGAUAUUAUGGCAGUAAAAUUGCAUGAGAAACCAUCUAUAUCCUUGAUGGAUAAGCAAGUUGGAAAAACCUUGGAAUACAAUUUAUUUAAUGGUCAUAUGGAUAGAUUUUCUGUAGUGGGAAACUCCUUUCACCACAUACGGACAGGCGGAAGAUUUGUCGUAACAGUAUCUUUUUAUUGGCCAAAACUUGAGGUAAAUUACGAUUACAAAAUUAAUGAAGAUGAUGAGCCUAAAAAAAUUCGUUGCACGAUCGAGCCAAUGAAUGUUAGCACUAACAUUGAAGUAGAUAGUAGUAGCAAGACUCUACUUUUUUCGAAAAUUGAUUUUAAUAACGGUGCCGUGGAGAUUUUUAUGGAAGGCCGCAACGAUCUUGAACGGAAAAAUGAACCAAAUAUUUUCAGGGAUUUUGAAGAAAUUAUCUCGAGUGAGAUCACCAUACAAAUCAGCGAUCUAUGGUCCCUAGUUGUCGAUCGUGUUAACGAAAACUCAAGAUCGAAGUACACCUACGACUCUGUGAUACCGGUCGAUCAUUAA